AUGCCCAGAGUGCCUGCUUUUGAUCUUGCUAAAUUUAUUGAUGAGCCUUCAGCUGAACUGUUGUGUGAGGCAAAGAAGAAUGACUGGAUUGAGAUUGCAAACUAUUACCAAAUUGCUAUUAAUAGUUCUUGGAGAAAAGCUGAAAUAAAAGAGACAGUUUUAAAGCAUUUAGUAUUGCAAGAUCUCUUAGAUAGUAAGGAUGUUUUGCCUCUACAAGAAACAGAGGGUAUUUUUGAUAGAGAAUUAAGACUGAAAGAAAUUGAGUUGGAGUUGGCAAAAUUGGAAGAUAAAGAAAAAGAACGUAAAUUUCAGUUGGAAAUUUUUGAGCGGCAGUCUGCUGCUGCAACGCCUGUGAUACCAGGUGGUCACGUUCUUGGUUUUGAUAUUGCUAAAGUGAUUAAAUUUGUACCUCCAUUUUAUGAAGAUGACCCACAAGAGUUUUUCCUUCAGUUUGAACAUGUUGCAAGUAAUCUCUCAUGGCCAACUCAAUUUUGGUCAUUAUUAGUACAGUCAGUCCUUAAAGGGAAGGGGCGUUCCACUUACCUAGCAUUAGAAAGUUCACAGCAGAGAGAUUAUAAUGUAGUAAAAGAGGCAGUGUUAAAAUCUUAUAGACUUACUCCAGAAUUCUACAGAACUAAAUUCAGACAAUGUAAUAAAGAAUCCAGUCAGUCUUUUGUUGAAUAUUCUCACAUGUUGAAGAAAUUAUUUAAUCGUUGGAUGUCAGCCAACAAAGCUUCUAAGUAUGAUGACAUAUGUGAAAUAAUCAUGUUGGAACAGUAUAUUGGGGGAGUACCACAAGAUGUGCGUGUUUAUCUUCUUGAGAAAGAAGUAGAUUCUGUUGAGAGAGCCGCAUGGUUAGCGGAAAAUUAUAGUUUAGUUCAUACACCAAAGAAAAUUGGUUAUGUUAGACCUCACCAUGUUUCAAACGUUUCCCAUGAUCAGAGUCAAAGGAGACCUGAUUUUGUUAAGCCUGAUCCAGCCAGGAAAGGCUUUAGAGUGUCUAGUAGUAGUCCAAAUUCAAGUAAAUGGGAUGGGACUUGUUUUUAUUGUAAAACUUUUGGUCACAGAAUUCGAGAUUGUCCCAAGCUUAAAAACAAGGAGCAUAAAGCAGUCGCUAGUAAUGUUGUUGUGCCAAAACCUGAGAAUAAAAGGUUGUCUGAUGUUGGUGAUUCACAUGAUUUAUGUGCACCAUAUAAGUUUAAUGGGUCAGUUUCAGUAGACUCUGAUGGAGUUCCAAAUCCUGUUCUCAUUCUGAGAGACACUGCUGGUGUGAUGAGUAUGGCAUUGAAAAGUGCGGUACCAUUUUGGGAGGAUGUACUCACAGGCCAGUAUGUUUUAGUUAAAGGAAUUGGAGGUGUGGAGAGGUCACCUUUGUGUAAGGUGUACUUGAAGUCAGAGUUCGUGGAAAAGUCAGUUUUAGUGGCUAUUGCUGAUAAGUUACCUCAUGAAGGGGUAGACUUUCUAUUGUGUAAUGAUAUUGCAGGUGAUCGCUGGGGUCCUAAUGUCAUUGUGUGCUCCAAACCUUUGGAAGUUGAUCCACUAAAAUAUGAAUCUAUAGAUAGUCCUGAGCUAUUUCCUGUCUGUGCAGUAACCAGAAGUAAAGCCAAGGAUUUAGUAGUUGAAAGCCAAAAAUGUCAUUCUUUAGCCAGUAACCUUUCUGAGAAGGAACAAGAUGACAUUGGUUUGAAGGAUAUUUUUGAAUGUCAUAAAGUGGAUGAUGUUAAAACAGUGAAGUUAAGUGCUUCAGAUUCAGGUGUUGUAAUUAAAGAAGAAAGUGGGGAAGAUGAAUUAUCUGAUGAACCUUUGACAUGUAAAAAAAUUAUUGAAGCCCAGAAAUCUGACCAUACCCUAAAUCAUUUGUUCAGAUUAGUAUUGAGUGAUGAAGAGCUUGUGAAAGAACAAACGGGCUAUUAUGUGAAAAAUGGAAUUUUGAUGCGCAAGUACCGUCCUUCAGACGAACCUGCCUGGAAUACCUGGAGUGUACUAUAUCAAAUAGUUGUACCAAAAUGCUUUCGAUAUAAAGUAAUGGGUCUUGCCCAUGAAUUUGUGGGAGGACAUUUAGGAGUCAAGAAGACUCUUAACAAAAUUACUUCUCAUUUUUAUUGGCCAGGUAUCUCUUCUGAUGUUUCUGAAUUUUGUCGAUCAUGUGCUAUAUGUCAGUUAGUUGGCAAACCAAAUCAGAUAAUUCCUCCUGCACCUUUAGAACCGAUUCCCGUUAUUAAUAAUCCUUUUAGCAAAGUUAUUAUUGACUGUGUUGGUCCUAUGCCAAAAACCAAGCGGGGAAAUCAGUUCUUAUUGACUAUCAUGUGUUGUAGUACUAGGUAUCCAGAUGCAAUUCCCCUACGUAGUAUCACAGCAAAAACUGUUGUUCCAGCCCUGACUAAAUUUUUUACUAUAUUUGGAUUCCCAAAGGUAUUGCAAUCUGACCAAGGAUCAAAUUUCACUUCUAAAUUAUUCAAGGAUGUCAUGAAGGAAUGGGGAGUGAUGCAACAGUUUUCCACUAUAUAUCAUCCUGAAAGUCAAGGUGCUCUUGAACGUUUUCACCAAACCUUUAAGUGUAUGUUAACAAAAUUUUGUAAAGAGAAUAACAAGGAUUGGGAUGACAGCGUGCCUUUUGUGUUGUAUGCUGCUAGGUCAGCAAAACAAGAAAGUCUAGGAUAUAGUCCAAAUGAAUUAUUGUUUGGUAAAAAUAUUCAUGGGCCCAUAGAUAUGUUAUAUGAAAGUUUGAUUAAUGAGAAAAAUGAAUUUAACCUUUGUGAUUAUGUAACAAAAUUAAGAGAUAGGUUGUCUAAGGUGCGUGAGUUCGCAAUGAAAAAUUUAAAUGUAGCACAGACAAAAAUGAAGAGGGUUUAUGAUAAGAAUGCUAAAUAUAGGCAUUUUGAAAUCGGUGACAAAGUGCUUUUGUUUUUGCCUUGUAGAAAGCAACCUCUCCAAGCUAGAUUUGAGGGUCCUUAUAAAGUGCUUGAAAAGGUGAAUGAUUUAAAUUACGUGAUAAGUACCCCUGAGCGUAGGAAAAAGAAGCGCAUGGUGCACAUAAACUUAAUGAAACAUUUUGAAGAAAGGGAAUACCCAGUUUGUGCGAGUGGUUUAGGGAAAUUGUGCUUUAAAAAGAAGGAUAACUUUAUGACUGAAAAUGUUGAACAGGAAGAUAACGAUUUUGUGAUUAAGGAUGUUGAGGUAAAGUUAAAGAACAGUGACAUUUUAGGUAAUCCUUAUAGUAAGACUUCCCACCUUUCCCCUGACCAGGAAGAGGAUGUACUAAAAUUGCUACAAGAGUUUUUAGAUCUUUUUACAGACACACCACAAGUCACAACAUUAGUCAUGCAUGAUGUGAAGUUGGUUCCAGGAGCAGUACCCAUAAAACAGAGUCCUUACAGAAUGGCUCCACUGAAAUCCCAAGUACUGAAGACUGAGAUAGAAUACCUCUUAGUUGCUGGAAUUAUUGAACCAAGUAAAAGUCAUUGGGCGUCACCCUGUGUGUUGGUGAGAAAAGCAGAUUCAUCAUGGAGAUUGUGUAUAGACUAUAGAAAAAUUAAUGCUCUAACAGUUGCAGCAGUAGAUGAGAAAAUAAGGGCUAUCCAAGAUCUUCCAGUUCCAACAAAUCGUAAAGCUGUGCAACGUUAUUUGGGAAUGACUGGAUUUUAUAGACGAUUUUGUCCAAACUUUUCUUCUAUAGCCAAACCUCUCACAGACCUUACUAGUUCAAAAAGAAAAUUUGAUUGGACUUUAAGUUGUCAAGAGGCUUUUGAAAAGCUGAAGUUCCUUUUGUGUUCCAAGCCUAUACUUAAAGGACCUGACUUUAGCAAGCCUUUUGUACUACAGGUAGAUGCAAGUGAUGUUGCUGCUGGAGCUGUUCUAUUGCAGUUAGCAGAUGAUGAUGUGCUCCAUCCUAUAUGUUAUGCCAGUACCAAAUUUAAGAAGUAUCAGUGUGCCUAUAGCACAGUUGAAAAGGAGGCCUUAGCUUUGUUAAUGGCAUUGGACAAAUUUGAAAUUUAUUUAGGUAACACUGGAAAUGAAAUUGUAGUGUUUAGUGACCACAACCCCCUUCAGUUUGUGAACAGUAUGAAAAAUAGAAAUCAAAGACUGACUAGGUGGUUUCUGGCUUUGCAGCCAUAUAAUCUAGUAAUUAAACACAUAAAAGGUCAUGAAAAUUUGAUUGCAGAUGCAUUGUCGCGUCCUGCUUAGACAUUGUAUGUAGUAAGCAAGAUUCACAUGCAAUUGUUUAGUUAAAAACCCUUCGUGUUUUUAUUUUAAGGGUGGGGGUGUUACGUAGAGUAGCUUUAUAAUCUACUCAAGUAAAGGAGAUUUUUUGAGUUUGCCUUUACAUAUGGAUCUUGCACUGUUGUAGUAGUGAACAGGAA